AAAAAUCACAAUACGUGUAAAUUAAUUGGUUUACGUGAAAGUUAUAGCAUCUACAAACGGCAGUAUAUAUACUGGAAUUUUUUUUUUAUACUAGUAUUGGUGGCAAUCAGCGACUUAUAGUGGGACUGCGGUGGGCAUUCUGACAUUGGGGGGAACUGAGUUGGUGUCACUGACAUCUCCAGUGACACCAAUACAGUGAUCAGUGCUAAACAAAAAGCACUGAAACUGUACUAAUGGCACUGGGCAGGAAAGGGUUAAUAUGAGGGG